AUGGUCAAACCACAAUCAGUAACUGCAAUUAAACCUUCGGCGGAAACAACAGCAAAACCAACAGAUACUACAACAACAGAUCCACCAUCAACAGAAAUAGUGCCAAUAAAAGAAUCAAAGGCAGCAACAGCACGAAGAAUCCUGUCAGCACCACCACCACAACCACUACCACUACCACCACCACCUCCUCCGGCCACAGAAACAGCAGCAGCAACUGAACCAACAACAACAGUAGCAGCAGCAACAAAACCAUCAACAACAGUUGCAGCAACACAACACUGCCUAAGGAGGAGUCAAAGACAAGGUACAUCUACAUAA